AUGGGGUCUUCGAAUAUUAGUGACAUUUUAACUUCCUUCAGUCCAUCUAUGGACUUCUUUGCUAUCAGCCCCGGUGAUGGUCGAAUAAAGAUAUGGGACACCGUGAAGGGUCAGGUCCAAACAGAGUUUUCUGAUGUUACUUCAAAUGAAAGUACGGGUAUAUUUGGACAGGGAGGAGGACACCUUUCAAUGGAUUAUACAUGUAUGAAGUGGUUGUCAGUAGACAAAAAGAAAAAAAGGAAGCUUGGAACUUCUCUAUUGGUGUUGGGAACGGGUGGUGGCGAUGUUCUGGCAUUGGAUGUAUCUGCUGGUCAGUUGAAAUGGAGGGUUAAUGACUGUCUUCCUGGGGGCGUUAGCGCAAUUUCAUUUCCUACUCAUGGUCUACGCAUUUACACUGCUGGUGCUGAUGGAAUGGUUUGUGAACUCGAUUCAAUGUCAGGAAACUUAUUGCGAAAGUUCAAUGCUUCUUCUAGCAAAGCAAUAUCUUCUAUUUCCGUUUCACCAGGACUUAAAGUAAUUGAUUAUGUUACUUUCUUUCUUGGGUGGAUAUCCUCCAAAUCAGAUGGAAAAUGGAUAGCAACUGCAGCGGCCCAAUUAAAGAUUUUCAAUGCCUCAAAUCACAAGAAAGUGCAGAAGUUUUCGGGCCAUCCUGGAGCUGUUAGAUGUAUGAUUUUCUCUGAAGAUGGGAAAUAUGUGCUUUCUUCUUCUGUGGGUGAAAGAUAUGUUGCAAUCUGGAAAAUUGACGGCAGCAAAACCAAAUCGGCAUGUGCAUUUAUUACAAUGGAUCACCCUGCUAUAUUCUUGGAUAGCAGGUGCAUUAGUAGCAGUGAUCCAGAUGAUGAGGGUCUAUGUAUUUUGGGUAUAUCAGAAAUGGGUGUGUGUUAUUUUUGGCAUGGAAAGACAAUUGAUGAAGUACGCAAUUCCAAACCCACAAAGAUCAGCAUAUCUGAUGAUGAUGGAGUUUUAAAGAAACACAAGAGAGCAAUUCCUAAUGUAUUUGCUGCAAAGCUACAAAUGGUUUCUGAGCCUGCUUGUGGUCACGUGUUUCUUGCCUAUGGUUUCCUAAUAAAACCAUCAUUUGAGAAUGUUCUGGUGCACUCUGGAGCAGACUUAAAGUUAAAUAGUUCAGAUGAUGGAAUCCUUCUACCCAUCAGUCAAUCCCACAAGUCAAAGAAAACAUCCAAAAGGCAGAAUCAAGUUACUGCUCUGGAUCGUGCAAAUGCUGAGGGUGCAUUGCUUCCUAAGCCCAAAGUUUUGGAUUUGUUGGAUGGAAAGAAUGGAUCUAAUUCUCUGGCAAAUAAAGAUAAAAUAGAUGUUGAUACUGGAACACUAUGCAUGGAGGACAAGCUCAGAUCUUUAGGGAUGCUUGGUAAUAUCGAUUCCACGCUUAGCUCAAAUUUGGAUUCAAAAAUGUUGAAGGGUAUUGAUCUUGAAGCUACUGUGCCGUUAAAAAAGGUAAAGGCAGCAAUCUUAUCCAUGGAACCUGAUGAUGCUUUCAACUUGCUAAAAACCUUGGUGGAUGUCUGGCUAUCCAGAUCUCGCAGUGGGAAGCUCAUUCUUCCAUGGAUACGAUGUAUAUUGGUGUAUCACGGCAAUUAUGUUAAAUCUCAGGAACCAAAACUUCUAGAUUCCUUGUACGAGCUUACCAACUCAAAAGGUGUAGCCAUGAGCUCUUUAUUCCAGUUGUCUGGUCGUCUGCAACUUGUAUCAGCGCAGAUGGAAGAAAAUGAAGUUGAAGAUGUUGAUGAAGUUUUUUAUGACGUUAAUGAAGAUUCUCAAACUAGUAGUGGCAGUGAUAAUUAG